UGAUAAUGGAUUUGUAGUCAAUGAAUAAACCGAGACCACAGCCAUGAGAACGUGAUCUUGCGAUUACUUGCUGGACCGUUGAAUGUCUGUUGUAGUGACGUAGCUGGUGAUUGGCCGUUGAGCUCGAUCUUAGCGGCAUCCGCGGUCGGUCGACCUGGUCAAUGGAAAGCUGGCCUCAAGCAAACAAUAUCACCACAACACCCGUAGCGAGCGUUCUCUACCUGUGUUUGCACCUGUGAAAUGUCGCAAUGACCGUUUCCACCUCGACACAUAUUCACAUCCUCUUACCAGAAAGAUGAGGCCACGAUGGCAGCGGCUCGUACCGCUCUUCUUUGUACUGUAGUCAUACUAUCGACGUUUCUCGCCUUCACAACGGCGCAGUACGGCGGUAGUGACCAUGCGCAAGCACAACAGAAACCGCUAGGCAGGAGCUCUGCGCCUUCAGGAACGGCACAGGCGGGUGCACAGCCAGCAUGGAAGUCGGGAUGGGGCACCACAGAAGAGGAGGAAAGUCAGGGCAAGAGAAAUGUUGCAUUCGAAGAGGCAACUUCGCUGCUCCACAAGGUCAAACCAGCGGCGGCACCUUGGUGGAACUUCGAUAAGAAUGCGGGUAUCGUAGGAGCAGGCGCAUACUAUGCGAAGGAGUUGUUCUUCCUACUCUUCAUGAACGGACCCGCCGAACCCCAGCCUUUUACGACCGAUCCGCAACCGAAGAAGCUUAGCCAGCCUCUGUCGCAAGUUGUCAAGCUGCUGGAAGAUGCAGCGGCGCAGAAGGACGCAGAUGCGAUCUUCACACUUGCAGAACUAAACUUCUACGGCAACUACUCGCAUCCGCGCAACUACUCUGAAGCUUUUCGACGAUACCACGAAUUGGCGACGCUCAAUGGAAACGCCUCGGCGCAGCACAUGGUUGGGUUCAUGUAUGCUACUGGCAUUGGAGGCGCAGUGCAGCAGGAUCAGGCAAGAGCUAUGCUAUACCAUACCCUGGCAGCAGAGGGCGGUGACGUGCGAUCAGAAAUGACCAUUGCGUACCGCCAUUCAUCUGGGAUAUCGACACCACGAAACUGCGACGAAGCUGUGUACUUCUACCGAGAGGUCGCCAGGAAGGCUAUCGCAUACGUGCGGUCUGGACCACCAGGCGGACAUUCGAUGCCGCGGGAAUCUUUCAGAAUCGCUGAUGAGGAGGGCGGUGUCUAUGGCGAGGGCGCAAGUGCAAGUAGCUCAGGAUCAAACGCCAAAACGGGCAGUGUCCACUCGGACGCCUACUCUUCCCUGGAUGAUGUGGUCGAGUACAUGGAUCUCCAAGCCAGGAAGGGCGAUGCGAGAGCAAGCUUCAAUCUGGCUAAGCUGAACUACGAUGGUGCUAGAACCUCGAAACGAGACUUGCCAGCCGCAAAGAAGCGAUUUCUGGAGCUCGCUCGUAUGUACUGGGAUAAGAACGGCAAGACAAAGCAGGGUGUGUCACCGCUUACUGAGAAGUUGGCGGCCAAGGCGGCUGGGUACUUGGGUCGUAUGUUCCUACGGGGUGAAGGCAUGCCUCAGAGCUUCGACAUUGCCAAGACGUGGUUCAGGCGUGGCAUUGAGCACGGCGAUGCGCUCUCACAGUACUCGAUGGGCAUCAUGUACCUGAAGGGACUUGGUGUACCGGAAAACGCCGUCAAGGCUGCUGAGUUGUUCGGCGCUGCCGCAGAUGACGACCUCGCGGUGGCCCAGGUCCGUCUAGGUGCGCUUUUCCUGGACCAGGGUGACGUCCCUACAGCGAUGAAGUACUUUGAGUUGGCAGCACGACAUGGACAUCUCGAGGCCUACUACUACCUGGCCGAGCUCGCACACCACGGUGUUGGCCGCGACAAGUCCUGUCAUGUUGCUUCUGCUUACUAUAAGAUCGUCGCAGAGAAAGCGGAGCUCAUCUCGACAUCCUUCCCUGAGGCAAAUGAGGCCUAUGCCAACGGAGAUCUUGAGACAGCGCUUGUCCGUUACAUGAUGGCUGCCGAACAGGGCUUCGAAGUCGGGCAAGCCAAUGUCGCAUAUUUGCUCGACCAGGUCAAGCCCAAGCUCACUCUUGGCUCACUUAUUCCCUUCAUGCAGAAGAAAGCUAGUCUUGCCAGUGACGCCGUCCUGGCAUUGAUCUACUGGACGCGCUCUGCUGAGCAGAAGAACGUCGACUCCAUGGUCAAGAUGGGCGACUACUACCUACAAGGCUUCGGAACACCUCCGGACCAUGAGAAGGCAGCUGCUUGCUACCAAGCUGCGGCUGAGACUCUACGAAGCGCGCAAUCCAUGUGGAACCUGGGCUGGAUGCAUGAGAACGGCAUCGGCGUCGAUCAGGACUUCCAUCUCGCAAAGAGACACUACGACCUGGCGCUCGAAACCAACCCUCGCGAGGCACAUCUGCCAGUCCUGUUAGCUUUGUACAAGCUUAGGUUCCGCAGUUGGUGGAACACCAUCACCAACGGGAAGAUCAAGUCCAUCCAGGACGAGCCCACCGUCAAGAAAGACUUCUCCCUCUCCGAAUGGCUCAGCGCCUUCCUCGAAGCCGAACUCGCCGGCUGGGAUGACUACGAGCCCGACGACUACGAAGACCACAUUGACGGCGGCGACGGCUACUACGGCGACGAAAUCGACUCGGACAUCCUCGAGUCGCUUGUCAUUCUUGCGCUCAGCGGUGCUUUGGCGUUCUUGCUGUAUUAUCGUGCGCAGAGGCAGAGACGACAGGAAGAGGAGAGGCAGAGACAGCAGUUGCAGCGUCUGCAGGCGAAUGGUCUGGCGCCUGUUGCGCCAGCUGCGCCGCUGCCAGGUGGGCAGCAGGAUCAGGGGUUUCGGCCGAAUGAUAUGUUUUGGGCUGGUGGUGGGGCUGGGCUGUGAAGGAUGUGUGGGAUGGGGGUAUUGCAUGGCAUGGCGUUAUGGUGGCAUUAUGAGUGUUUUCUGAGGUCGGGACGAUGUACUAUGGCAGUUUGUAUCUAGAACUAUAGGUGUAUACAUCACGUUUGACG